AUGGGACAAACACUGAAAUAUUGUUCAUCUGUACCUAAUGAUAGAGAUGGGAGAGAAGCUAUGCUAAAUGUUUACCCUAAUAUUGAUGUUAGACAAAAGCUAAAUAAUGAUUCAAGCAGAUUUUCAUAGAUUUAUAGUACUAAAUUAGAAAACGAUCAAAUAUAAUUUAUAUUAUCGCUAAAGCCAUAUAGUUAUAAUGAAACAGAAGAAGUCAUUAAAGUAGAUCUAAAAAUUAAAAAAGAUUUAUUUUCAUUGUUUUUGGAUAGAACUUAUGAGUGGAAUUUGGAAGAGUAUGUUGUAAAAGAUUUUAAUGAUGGGAAUAAAAUCAUAGCAAGAGCUUAAGAUAAGAGAACUAAUGAGAGAUUUACUCUUUAGACUAUACCUUUUGAUGAUUACGAAGACUAUGAAUUCAAGGCAGCUCUUUACUAAAUCUAUAUUUAAAGAAACUUGUAAACUGUUAGUAAUGGUUUACCUCAUCCUAAUAUUAUUUAAAUAAAGGACGCAUAUAUCAUAGAAAGCAAAGAAAAAACAAAAAAGGCGAGAUCUUUAAUUAUUGUCAUGGAGUAUUUUGAUUCUAAUUUGCAUGACAUUAUCUAAUUCAGAAAAAAGCAUAAAUGGGAGUUUAGUACAAAAGAGUUAUGCUCUUUUUUGAGAGAUAUAUCAAGUGCAUUAGCAACUAUCCUUCGAUAAGGAGUAUCCCAUAGAGAUAUAAGACCUACAAAUAUAUGGUAUGUAGCAUAGGAAAAAUCAUAUAAAAUAGGUGGGUUCUAAGAGGCAAGAUUUGAUGAAAAAAUGAAGCAUAUAUGUAUGAGAAAUUAAGGAGUUAGACAUGAAGAUGGAGAGGGAUACAAUACAGUUCGUGGUGUGCCCUAAUUUGCAGCUCCAGAAAUAUUAAAUUUAAUGCAUAUGAAUGCCAAUUAAAAAGUUUUAAAUUACAAUCCUUUUAGUCAAGAUAUAUAUAGCUUAGGUUUAACAUUGAUUUUAAUGAAAAAUUUGUAUGAUGAAGUUGAUUUUGAUACACUUCUUAGCAAGGUUAAAUAAUCAGGGUCUGCAAAUAUCAACAUUGAUUUAGGAAGUAUGGAAUUAAAUUAGCUUGUUGAUUAAAUGGUGAACAAAUAUCCUUAGAGAAGAAUAAAUGCAAUCUAAUUAGAAUAGUAUAGUUAGAGGGUUUAUCCUAUUGAGGAUUACCCUAAAAUUAAUGAAAAUAACCUUAUUAUAAGUUUAAACUACAAACAUAAAAAGAUUUCUGAACAAGAGUAUUUGUUAAAUUAAGAGCUGUUGGCAAAAGAGUAUUUCAAUAUGCUUGAUUUUGAUUAGUGGAUAUAUAAAUAUGAUGAAAUCAUCAGCUCACAUGAAGCAUAAGGAUCUAACUUAGCAAAAGCUGAAACACUAUAAAAAAUUGGAGAGGGAUAUUUGAUUUUAAAUGAUGUUUAUAGAGCUAAAGAUUAUUUUAUGAAGGCUUCUGUGAUAUUUAAUGAAGAAGGACAUGAGUGUAGAAAAAGGAGUUAAUUAGAAGGAGCAAUCAGAUAUUAUGAGAUAGCUAUUGAAUGCGUUAGAAAAGGUAAUAAUGGGGAGGAUACCUCAGAGCUGGCACUGCUGCUAGAAAAUAUAGGAAACAUAUAUAAAAUGAAGGGUGAUUUUCCUAAAGCAAGAGCAUUUUAAGAGGAAGCACUUUAAAUAAUUUUGAUAUAAGUUGGCGAAAAGAGUGUUGAGGCUGCUAGGCUGUAUAAUAAUUUAGGUAAUCUUUAUGCUAGCUUAGGACUUUAUAAAAAAGCUGAUAAGAGACUUAAAAAAGCAUUGAAAAUAGUUGAUAAUUUAUAUGUUUCAGCAGAAGAGCAAGCAUAACUUAAGGCUCUUUGUUUAUGCUCACUCGGAGAAAUACACAGACUCAGAGGAAAUUUAGAAAACUCGUUAGAAUUUUUAGAAGAAGCCCUUGAAAUUAGAGAACAAGUUUUCGGAUCAGGUCAUAUAGAAUUAGCUUCUAAUUGCGAAAAUUUAGGAAAUGUUUAUUUUGAUUUAGGAGAUUUUCAUAAGGCUAAGAAGUUCUAUGAGAGAGCACUAGUAAUUAAGAAGAGCUCACUUCCAAAAGAUUCACCUGAAAUAGCACUAACUUUAAAUAAUUUAGGAAAUGUAUGUAAGAGCUAGAAAGAAAUUGAAAAGGCUAAAAAAUGUUAUGAAGAAUGCUUGUAAAUUUUAUAUACAAAGUUUGGAUAAGAAACUGAUAAUCCUACAGUUGCCACGUCUUUAGGAAAUCUAGGCUUAGUAUAUAAAGAAUUAGGUAGCUUAGUUGCUGCAUAAAGCAAUCUCUAAAAGUGCUUAGAAAUAUUAGCUAAAUCAGUUGGUGAAGACCACCCUGAUUUUAUAUUCUUUUAAAAGCAUUUAUACAGAUUAAACUAAAGAAUUAACAACUCUCAGUAUGCUAGCUCUGCUUACUAAUCAAAUUAUUGA